AUGUUACCCUUCUUGGACAAACCAACACGUGCAGAGAAUUCAAAAAUCAUUAUUCCAUAUCGAAAAGUAAAAAAAUUGACACGUGGCUGGAAUGUGCUCAAAUUCUCACUUGUAUCAGAAAGUGAGAACGACGAUAUACAGCUAAAGGUCAAGUUCGUCACACCUUCUUUGAAAAACACCAAUUCUAUGAUGAAAACGUUCAACGCGAUGAUGAAAAUAACAAAGAAACGAAUGGAGUCAGUUCAAAAUAGUCCAUCUUUUGGAAAGCAACUGGAAAAUCGGGUUCGAAUGUUUUUUGGCCUCACAACUCCUCCAAACGCUUUGUGGUCAGAUGUGCCUAUCAAAAUACUUGCAACAAUUUCAGACUAUCUCAAGACAAAAGACCGAAUGAAUCAUCGUAAAGUAUCUCGGAGUUUGCAAGAUUUUGUUGACUAUCAAGGAUCUGGCAUAAAUAGUCUCGAAAUCAGCUACAGACAAAAUAAAGUUUGUUUGACAAUUGAUAACAAACGUAUAGAGUAUAGAGAACAAGAAAAACGUUGCAUAGUAUCAUACCAGGAUCAAGCAAUAGUUAUAGUAAAGGAGAGUCCAGAGAAUAUGAUGCUCAACGACGUAGCCGUUCUGUUACAAAGCUCAAACGUUCAGCUGGACAGAUUUAGUUUGACUAUAGACAAAUGGGGAAUUGGUAACGAGAUAGAAAUUGCCCCAAUUGAGAAAAUUUUGAAAUCGAUAAAACAUCUGCGCGCCAAAAGUGUACACUUUCAAUUUGUCAACGUCGAGAAUACCACUUCACUUUUGCAACACUUCAAAGCUGGUUUUCUUGAGAGCAUGCUUUUAGGCCUCCCUGACAUACAUUGUAGCGUGUAA